AUGGCUUCACUUCAAGCGUCUGAUAUAUUCGGUGUCGAAGGCUUGGUAGUUGUUAUCACCGGCGGCGGGUCUGGUGAGUCUGUAUCAGUUUAUUGAAACAGCCCACAGGAACUCAUAUUAAUAGGUAUCGGAUUGAUGAUGGCGAAGGCUCUGGAAGUCAACGGUGCCAAAGUUUAUAUCAUCGGCCGUAGACUUGAGCAUCUGGAGGCGGCGGCAAAGCAAGCAGUUUGUUCACCCCACUUCUCAUAUUCAGCCCCAAGUCUCCAUUGAUUCUGAUAGCUCUGUAGAAACAUGGCAAAAAUCAUUCCCUUACAGGGCGAUGUAACCAAAAAAGAGGAUCUCCAAAGCGUCGUCGAUAAAAUCACCGCAGAAGAUGGCUUCAUCAACGUCCUUAUAGCCAAUUCAGGAAUUACUGGUCCAACUUUGGAAGGCUUCAACAAAGGCACCACUUCCAUCUCAGAAAUACGAGAUUUUUUCUGGAAGACUGAUAAUUCCGCAUUCCUCCAAACGUUUGGUGUCAACGUCGCAGCGGUCUUCUUCUCCAUAAUCGCCUUUCUCGAACUGGUCGAUGCAGGUAAUCAGAAAGGAAACGUGGAGCAGAAGAGCCAGGUCAUUGCUACCUCCAGCAUUGGAGGUUUCAAUCGCUUGCCACUUGCAGGAUGGGCGUAUGGUCCCAGUAAAGCUGCUGUUACGCACUUGAUGAAGCAGGUGGGUACCUUUUUUGCGCCGCAUGGAAUCAGAAGCAAUAUCAUUGCUCCCGGAUGUGAGUAGAAUUUCCAGCUGAUAUUAGGAUAACAACUAAUGAUUACGAGUGUAUCCAUCUGAUAUGGGAAGUCCGUUGAUAGAAAAUGCCAAUGCCAGCGGAGCACUCAAAGCAAUGAUUCCCCUAAAUAGAGAAGGAAAUGAACAAGAUAUGGCGGGUAAUAUCUUGUAUUUGACUUCAAGGGCUGGAGGGUAUAUCAAUGGAAAUGUUUUUCUCACUGAUGGCGGUCGUCUGAACAUUGUUCCUUCGAUAUAUUGAUGAGACUGAGCUAGCUGGCUAUGAUAAGAAAUCUAUGAUGACUAUUUGCGAGGCUGGGUGACGUAAUAUGGUUUUGUGAGGACUUCUGAGGGCUGGGGAUCGAGGGAAGG